AAUGUUGAUUUGACGGCCGCUUUGACAAUUUCGUUCUGCUGGAGUUAGAACUUAGAAGUUGGAACUUUGGGAGUGACGUCUUUCAAUGGCUUUUUUAUAUGCAAAAUGAUAUGUUGAUGAUGGAUAUCUGCGAAUCCAACAGCGGUAAGGUCUCGGCCGCGUCGCACUACGCCCUGCAGAUAGCUUUCAAGUCAUUAAAAAACCGCUGCGACAAGCUGCAGUAUCAGAUGAUUGACUUGCUGAAGGAGAACCACCGACUCAAGAGUGAAAAGGGAUUCCUGGCGGAUAAGGUCGACGAGCUGGAGAGGCAGAAAUGUGAGCUGAACCACUACAUUUUAAACCACAGAGACGCCAUAGAGGAAGAGUACCUGUCUGAGAAGCUGCAGGAUCCGAAUGGUGAGACUGGAAUACUUAAAUCAAAACUGAACCAAGUCGAAGGGGAAAAUUAUGAUGAGAAUGAUAAAAAUCGUAUAGACAAUUUGGAAAAUAAUGAAGAUUUAGAUACAAUUACACCUGAGGACGAUGAUGACGUUAGUAUACUGACCAUUGAAGAUGUUGAGUCGACAGACGGGAAUGAUUAUAUUGAGGGAGACAUAGCAACAAUCCUAAACAGGCUGAAAUAUGAGAAGUUUAUGCUUCAGCAGUUCCAGGACUCGAUAGCGACCGCUCUUAGAGAAAUAAGUUUUAUAUUUUCAGCUAAAAUGACUGAAAGGAAUUCUAUUUGCAAUCAAAAAGGUGCGAAUUAUAACGAUUUGAGUUUUAAUUCUUAUCAUAAUUCUAGAAAUCAAGCAGAUAGAUGUAACAACGCAGAAAAUAUGGUGGAGAAUGAAUACAGCUUAAAUAAGUCCACACUGUGCCCUGUCUGUAAAAACCCUAUAUUCUCUGACGUGGAAGAAAUCCGUAGUGAUUUACUUUUAGAUUCCUUUGAGAUAAUCACUUGUAAAUGUAAUUUUUAAAAUUAGUUUUAAACUUUUAUUCGACUUGCCAUUUAUUUUUUAAGGUUUUGAUGUUGGAAAAAAAAGAACUAUUCUUUUUUACAACUCAUAUUAUACUCUACUAGUUAUAUAACUAUAUUUUGUACUUUUUUUACACUUUUAUUAUGGGCAUUGUUUCAGAAUGAUGAAGUGAGCAUUCCCUAUAACGUCUUUUUGUAACACCCGUCUUUCAAAUUCCUGUAUUUAUGAUUUCAUUGCCAUAACAAAUGUGUUAAUUUAAUGUAGAGAAGCGAGUUGUUAAAAUUUAUUAAAAUAUUUUAAUAUAAUUAACCCACCUUUUUACAAAAUUAGUUUUCUUCCAAAUUAUAGUUACUCCAUAAUUAUGUUAAAAUAAUAUUUUAUUUGUAUUGACUGAUGCUUAGAUGAUAUAAAUAUAUAAAUUGCCGUGAG